GCAAUCACGUGCUAAAUGCCCCGGCCGCGCCGUCACGUGUUAGGACCCGCCCCCGAAGCGCGGUCUCGUGCCCUGAGCCCGGACGGCGGAAGCGGCGCGGUUGCCAGGCGGCCGUUGCUAGGUACGCACUGCGUGCCCUGCGUGGGGCGCGCGGCGGCAGAGGCGGGAAGCGCGAGCUGCGGCGCCAUGGCGCGAGUGUGGCAGCACCCGUUUCUCAACGUCUUCCGACACUUCAAGGUGGACGAGUGGAAGCGGUCCACCAAGGAGGGCGACGUGGCCGCCGUGACGGACAAGACCCUCAAGUGCAGCGUGUAUCGCGUCCGGGGCUCUAUCUCUGCCGCCAAUUACAUCCAGCUCCCUAAGACCAGCACCCAGUCUCUGGGGCUGACUGGACGCUACCUGUAUGUGCUCUUUCGGCCCCUGCCCACCAAACAUUUCGUCAUUCAUCUGGAUGUGGCCACCGAGGACAGCCAGGUCAUCCGACUGUCAUUUUCCAGUCUCUACAAGGAGGUUAAGUCUACAGCCACGUGGCUUCAGUUUCCUUUUGUCUGUGAACCUGGGGCACCCAGGAAAGCAGAGCUGGCCGGUGUGGCCCCCCCUGGCACCCGCUGGACCUGCCUGCAGCUUGACUUGCCGGACCUCCUCCUGGUCUACCUGAACCGGCGCCACAGUCACCUCAAGAGCGUCAGGCUGUGUGCCAGCCUGCUGGUCAGGAGCCUCUACACCAGCGACCUGUGCUUCGACCCUGCUGUCACGGUCGCUGAAGCCCGGCGUGCGAAGCUGUCGGUCACCCCCAUACCUCGAGAGAUGGCGUUCCCGGUGCCAAAAGGGGAGAGCUGGCACGACCACUACGUCCACAUCCGGUUUCCGAACGACCGCUGGAAAAGGCCGUCCGAAACGGUGCAGGGGGGCUGUCCCCCUCCCGAGGCAGGCCUCGCUGCCAUGUCUUCACGCGCUGUCUGUGCUCUGCUCGCUGGGUUCUGCGACCCCUUCACCGUUGCGGUCUUAGCUGGGCUUCCCACUCAGCCGGCGACCCUCAGCAAGCCUCUGCAGGACAGCGCGUCUCCUGUGGCCCGGAAGCGUGGCCCCACGGCGUCCCACCGGGCCUCCUUGGCGCCCAGCCCCCUUCUAGACGUCAGCCUGUCCUGCCGGCGGUCAGAGAGCUCCAGCGCAGGUGGCCCCAGUGGCCGUAGCCACAAGCCUGGGGCCCAGGUAGAAGCCACUGACGAGCACGCAGCCGGUGACGCCCUUCACGUGUCUGCCUGUCAGCCGGCGGUGGCGCCCACGGCCCCAGAGGCCACAGCUCCACGAGGGAGCUUUCUCCCGGAUCCCAUCCUGAGGCUGAAAGGGGCUAUCGGCUUUGGGGGUCACAGCACCACAUGGGCCCUGUGGACCAGGGACGGGGCCGCUGUCGUGUAUCCUUGCCAUGCCGUCAUUGUUGUACUGAGCAUCGACACGCAGGAGCAGCGUUUCUUCCUUGGCCACACAGACAAGGUCUCCGCCCUGGCGCUGGACGGGCGCGGCGCGCUGCUGGCCUCAGCCCAGGCCCAGCCCCCGAGCAUGCUGCGCCUCUGGGACUUCCGGACCGGGCGUUGCCUGCAUCUGUUCCGGAGCCCGGGCCACGCCGUCUGCUCCCUCAGCUUCUCCGACAGCAGGGAGCUGCUCUGCGGCGUCGGCAAGGACUGCCGUGGGCGGACGGUAGCAGUGGUGUGGGGCACGGAGCAGGUGGGCCGAGGUGGAGAGGCUGCUGUCCUCGCCAAGGCCCGCACCGACGUCCACGUCCAGGCGUGCGAGUUCGCCUUUUCUGAAGAAACCAGGAUGGCAUCGUGCGGGCGGGGCAGCGUGCGGCUGUGGCGGCUGCGAGGUGGGGGGCUGCGCUCCUGCCCCGUGAACCUGGGGGAGCACCAGGCGCUGGAGUUCACUGACCUGGCUUUCAGGCAGGACCAGGACGGCCAGACGCUCUAUGUGUGCAGCCGCAGUGGCCACAUCCUGGAGGUUGACUGCCAGCGCAUGGCCGUGCGGCGUGCUCGCCGCCUGCUGCCAGCACAGAGCCCCGGUGACUCUCUCCCGCAGAAGCAGAACUUCCCGUCGGGGCCGGGCAUUGCCAUCAGCAGCCUCAGCGUGUCCCAAACCACAUGUGCCGUGGGCUCCGAGGACGGCUUCCUGCGCCUCUGGCCCCUGGACUUCUCCGCUAUGCUCCUGGAGACAGAGCUCGAGGGCCCUGUCAGCUCCGUGCGCCUCAGCCCUGACGGCCUGCGCGUGCUGUCCACCACCUCUUCCGGCCUCCUGGGCUUCCUGGACGUCGCAUCCCGCGAGUACCGUGUGCUGGCGCGCUCCCACACCGCCCCCGUGCUGGCCUUGGCCGCUGAGUGCAGCCGGGGCCAGCUGGCCACGGUGUCCCAGGAUUGCACCGUCCGCAUCUGGGACCAGGCGACCCUGCAGCAGCUGUACGAGUUCACAUCUCGGGAGGAGGCUCCGUGUGCCGUCGCCUUCCACCCCGUUCAGCCCACCUUCUUCUGUGGCUUCAGCAGUGGGGCCGUCCGCUCCUUCAACCUGGAGGCCCCGGAGGUCCUGGUGGAGCACAGGUGCCACCAAGGAGCCAUCACCGGCCUGGUCGCCAGCCCAGACGGCAGCCUCCUGUUCAGCUCCUGCUCUCGGGGCGCCCUGGCCCAGUACCAUAGCGGCGCCCCCCACUGCCGCGUCCUGAGAGUGGCAGCCAACGUGGUGUGCCAGGCCUGUCUGGGCCCUGGUGCCCUCGCUGUCAGUGGGGAUAGUCGCUUGCUGGCUGUCGUGGGUCCCUCCAAGAACACGGUGACCGUCAUGGACACGGCCUCACUGGAUGAGCUGCUGCGGGUCGAUGUCAGCACACUGGACCCGGCUGGUGGCCGCCUGGACUCGGCCAUGGCCGUCUGCUUUGGCCCUGCACCCCCUGCCCACCUGCUCGUGUCCACGUUCUCAAACACAGUGGCAGUGCUAGACGCCACAUCGGGCCGCGUGGUCCGGGAGCUGUCCUGUGUGCCGCCCGCAGUCUGCUCCUGCCUGGCUGUCAGCGAGGAUGGCCGCUUUCUGCUGACAGCCGGCCACCGGGCCAUCAGGCUGUGGGACUACUUGGCAGAGGCUGGCCCCACCUGCCAGGUUUUCAUCGGCCACUCGGAGCCAGUGCGGGCCGUGGCCUUCAUCCCCGGCCAGCGGCAGCUCCUCAGCGUGGGAGAUGCUGUUUUUCUCUGGGACAUCCUGGCUCCCCCUGAGCAGUGCCCCCCAGAAAGCGUCUAUGGCUCACCGGAGGGCCCGCUGACCUGCGAGGCUACCCGGCUCCUUCCAUCCUCAGGCCUGCGUGCGAGGCAGCCGGAGGACACAGUAUCCGAGGCCAGUGAGCUCCCCCAGCAGCCGGCGCCCGCGCCGUCCCAGGCGUCCCCACCACAGCCGAGCAUCUGCACCAGGCCCCCCGAGGGCUAUGACGGUGCUCUCUCCACGUUGGGUGAGAGCCGUGGGUCCGAGGGGCUCCCCCAGGCCUCACACCCACCCACGCUGGCACAGGAGGAUGGCAGGGCUGGCAACGGGGCCUGGGGAGCUGCAGGGGGCCCCUGGGAGUGCGGCGUGCCUCCCCACCCCCGUGGCCAGCCCGGCGCCUGCAGCCCCAGCAGAGGCAGGGCCGGGCCUGCUGCUGGCCCGGACCCCUACCAGCACGUCCGAGCACACCCGCAGGCCUCCCUGCCGGCCCAGGUUGGCCGAGGUGGGGGUCCUCACAGCUCCUGCUACCAGCAGGGCCUGUCCUUCCCCGGGGCCGGUGACGAGCGCUUGCGCCUGAAAGCUGUCUUGGGCUACAACGGGAACGGCCGGGCCAACCUGGUGUGGAGGCCAGACACAGGCUUCUUCGCCUACACGUGCGGUCGUCUGGUGGUGGUGGAGGACCUGCACUCUGGGGCCCAGCAGCACUGGCUCGGCCACCCUAGGGAGAUCUCCACGCUGGCCCUCAGCCACGACGCCCAGGUUCUGGCCUCUGCCUCCAGCCGAAUCAGUGCUGACUCCCACUGCCAGAUCCGCCUCUGGGACGUGCCGGGGGGCUCCUGCCGGCAGCUCCUCUUUCACCACGACACUGCUGUCCAAGCCCUGGCCUUCUCGCCAGAUGACAGGCUCCUGGUCACCCUGGGGGACUGUCGGGACCACACUCUGGCCCUGUGGAGCCUGGCCACCCAUGAGCUCCUGUCCUCUGUGCCUCUCCCGGAGCCGGUGCACGGCGUGGCCUUCAACCCCUGGGACGCCAGCAAGCUCACCUGCGUGGGCCGGGGAGCCGUCACCUCAUGGCUGCUGCAGCAGCGUGGGGGCAGCGUCAGCCUCCAGGUCCACCGAGAGCCCACCCCUGAGGAGGUGGGUGCCUGCGAGCUGACCUCGCUUUGCUUCGGGGCUGCGCCCCUGCUCUACUGCGGCUCCCACACUGGCCGGUUGUGUGUCUGGGACAUGCGUGCCGAUCGCUGCUUCCUGGCCUGGGAGGCGGACGAUGGCCAGAUUGGAGUGCUGCUGUCGGGGGGUGAGCGGCUGGUCAGCGGCAGCAACACCAGGCGGCUGCGCCUAUGGGCCGUGGGGGCCGUGCCAGAGCUGAGGCGCAAGGGCUCCAGUGCCAGGUCUGGUGGCUCUGUGUUUCUGGAAGGUGAGCUGACCCUGGAUGGAGCCGUGGUGAGCGCGGUCUUCCACGACAGCAUGGACAUGGGCGUCGUGGGCACGGCGGCCGGCACGCUCUGGUACGUCAGUUGGGCCGAGGGUGCCAGCACUCGCCUCGUCAGCGGCCACCGGAGCCAGGUGAAUGAGGUCGUCUUCAGCCCCGGCGGGUCCCGCUGUGCCACGUGCAGCAAUGACGGGAGCUUGAGGGUGUGGUCCUUGGCCAGCAUGGAGCUCCUCAUCCAGUUCCAGGUGCUAAGCCAGAGCUGCCUCUGCCUGGCUUGGAGCCCCCCGUCCUGUGGACGCCCCGAGCAGCAGCAGGUGGCAGCAGGCUAUGGUGACGGCACGCUGCGAGUCUUCAGCGUCUCCCGGAUGGCGAUGGAGCUCAAAAUGCACCCCCACCCCGCCGCGGUGACAGCCGUCGUCUUCUCUGCUGACGGUCAGACUCUUCUGUCUGGAGACAAAGAAGGGCUCGUGGCCGUGAGUCGCCCUCGCACAGGUGUGACCCUCCGCGUCCUGAGAGACCACCGAGGGGCCCCGAUCUGCACCAUCCAGAGCACGAGAAAAGAGUAUGGAGACUUCGGGGCAGAGGGUGCAGACCUGUGGCUGGCUGCCAGCGGGGACCAGCGGGUCAGCGUCUGGGCCUCUGAUUGGCCGCAGAACCACUGUGAGCUUGUGGACUGGCUGAGCUUCCCGGCGCCUGCCCUCACAGAGGUAAGAAUCCCAAUAGCCCGGUGGGCAGAUGCUGCCCACCCUCUCCCAACACCACACUCUCCACAGGUGCCCGGCUGCCUGCCACCGUCCCUGGCUGCCUUCUGCCCCUGGGAUGGGGCGCUGCUGGCAUGUGUGGGCCUCGGCCUGCACCACGAGGUGCUCUUCUACAGCCUCCGGCAGAAGCAGGUGGUGGAGAGGAUCCCGUUGCCUUUCCUCGCCGUGUCCAUGAGCCUGUCCCCCAGGGCCUGCCUUGUGGCUGUCGGCUUUGCUGAACAGAUGCUGAGGCUGGUGGACUGUGCCUCGGGGGCCGUGCAGGACUUUGCUGGCCACGCCGACUCAGUGCAGCUCUGCAGGUUUUCCCCAUCUGCCCGGCUGCUCUUCACGGCGGCCCACACACAGAUCCUGAUGUGGGAAGUCGUGGGCCCCUGAGCUGCUGCAAGGAUGGCCAAGUUGGGCUUGCCUUGCUGGUCAGCCGGGUGCCUGGCCUGGGCAGAGGCUUGGCUAAGAAGUUGGCUUGGCCCAGGGCCUUGUGCUGGGCCCACGUGGCUCUGUGGGCUCCGCCCCAGGCUGGCCCCGGAGCGUGUUGUGUCAGUCAAGACCUUGAACACACAUCUGUGAAGCGCUCGUGGCCUCGUUUCCUUCUGGAUUUUGUUUCCACCUUGUACAGUUCAAAUAAAUGUGGGCGUUGCAUUAAAGCAA